AUGGGCUUUCACCACACAAUUUGCAUCGCACAGCGCUCGCAUUACGCACCACAUAGCUUGCGCCAGAUGCCUUGCGAAUCCGCAUUGCAAGAUGACAAACGUGUGGUACAUACACAUAUGUGUAUGUGCAUUCAGCUUCUUGCGGCAAACUCCACGCGUGGCCUUUUGUCUCAAGGUCGGCAGUUGAGUGCCACAAGGAGCCCCUCUCCCGACAGGGGCGUGGGCUUCGGCACGGAGAGGGGCCCCGCAGGAAUGAAUACGGAACCACUGUUGGGAGCAGGCAGGUGCCAGUUGCCCGCGGAUGGGGCUGGAUGCUGUGUUGCCUGGGGCUCCUCCUGGUACCGAUCUUGGGCAACGACUUUGACAAACGAGUAUUUGUGUUCACCUAUAAGUCGGCGUGCGCUCUGGAAGUACUACGGUAUCGUUGUGACGUUGUUUCUUAUUUUGGACAUCUUCUACGGCCUGUCGAACACGUCACUCUCAGGUCACUGGUGGUGGCGUGGUUUGGUUUCCUUUUAUCUGUCCGAGUAUACCCUGGCACUGUUGUUACUGCGCCUUCCCGUGACGACGUUGAAGUCAGAUGCGGUAGUGCUUACGUUUUCCACUCUUCAGUUGUAUUGGUGUGCGCUGAGUCUACGAAAAGACCUGGUAAACACUUAUCUUUUAGGAAACACGUUCGCCGUAGGCUUGACGUACAAAGUUUUUCUGAGCCAUGCUGCUGGUUUCCAUUCUCUUCUCGUCAUUGUUCAUGCUAUUUUCUGCUCAAUGCUUGCGUAUGUCCUGCUCUCCAGUAGCAUAGAGCCUGAUGCCUUCUGCCAGAUCGGAAUGAUCACGAUUGUUAUGACCCUUUUCGAAUUGCUCUUGGCUUCGUAUUUUCGCGAAUUGAAGGGGCAGCUAGUCGCCAUGCAGACUUUGCUCGACGCAGCGACCGAUGGCUACUGUACAGUCAGGAGGCAAGUGGGAACCAUCUCGCACGUCAGCGAUAGUCACCAGCUUCUCUUUGGCGCAGACCUUCGGGGAAUGCAGAUCCUGGACGCCGUCGGCUCGGAGGACCACUGGAAGGUCGCACGCCUGUACGACGGCAGCCACUGGGGCGCGGCGGAGCCAGUGCUGGCCACGUUCAUCCAGGCUCUCGGGGAGGGGUGCCAGGCGCUGGAGUUCGACGCGCGCCUGGUGCCUUACCGAGUCACUGGGGCGGACAUACACAUCAGCUUCCAGAGGGUCGGCGAGGUGCGGAUGGCCAAGAAGGGGCCUCGCCGAGGAGGCCGCGGGCCCCGAGGGGCCGGGCCCCUCUGGCGCCGGCGCGCUCGGCUGCGGGCGCCCGCGCUCGGAGGGCCGGGAUGCCGGCCGCCUGCUCUGUCCCUCGCCACUUUGCAAGAUGGCGUGCGUGCACAGCUGGUGGCGGUGGAUGAGGGCGAGCGCUCGCCGUUGCAGGACGGCGCGCCUGGCAGUGGCGCAUCCCAGGGCGCUGCAGAGACGAUAGAGGAGUUGCAUAUUGCAUUCGAUUCUGGCCACCCAAGCUACCUCAUUAGCGAUGGCGAGUGCAGCCGUCAUCUGUUGCCCCGUCAGGGGCAGCUGGCACGCUGGUUCCCGCGCUCUGCGCGAGCCCAGGUCGAGAAGUGGAUCACUGAUGCAGUGAACAGCAGUGUCGAGCCUGGGGUGUGUUCAACGUAUCUUGAACAUUUUGAGCUUGUCAUCCCCCCAUCACCUGCGAUCAAAGUCGUAGCAAAGCGAGCGUUCAUCAUAGCCGGGGACCCUGAGGAGAACGACGCUGGUGCACUCUCGUUACCAGCCACGUUGUUCUUGCAGAAUGUGGUGAUAUCGCGGAGGCAUCGUUACACUACCCGUGCCAGGACUGACUACAUGCAGGAUCUAUCCACAAUCGCGGAGGACUUGCAUUCCGAGGUCGAGGAUUCUUUAUCGAUGAACAGCAGUGAAGGUGUGAGCCCAUCUGACAGCGCGUCGGUUGUCAUGAUGUAA